AUGAAAAAAGACAGUUAUUAUAAUACUCAAGAAUUAAUCUUUUCUCCUACAAUUUAUAGCUACCGGUUAGAAGUCUGUCAAGAGCCAAUAAGAGCAAGGAUGUGCGGUUUCGGUGACAAAGAUAGACGUCCUAUCGAUCCACCACCUGUGGUAAGGUUAGUUGUAACUAAUACUGAUGGGAGUAUUGUUCCUGAAAGGAUUAUAUGUGUUGUUGUAUGA